AUGAUCCCAUCGUCCCUGCUGAGUUGGCGGGUGCGCGCGGCGUCAAGCCCGCCGCUCACGGCCGUGCAGCACAAUGGUGCGGCGGCGCUCCAUCUUGACUCGCUCCUCGCAUCUUUCUCCUUGCCCCUCGCUGUCGCAGGCUCUCCCAGCGAAGGCCCCACCGCACCCUUCGCCCGCGCCGUCAGUGCUGCCGCCGCCACCAGCGCGAGCGCGAGGGCGAGGAGGCCGUUGAAAGCGGCGGGAGGGGUUGGGGAGGCGAGAGGGAGGCGGCGAGUGAUGGCGAGGAGCGAUGGCAGGGGGUUGGUUGAGAGGGUGGCUGUGAUGGGCGUGGUGGCGGUGAUGGCGAUGGUGGGGAGCGACGAGGGCCUCACGAAGGGCGGUUGGGCGCAGCGCUGCUUCUGGCGCAGCAGCGGCUGCAGCCGUGGCUUCCUCCCCAUCAUGAUGGCGCACGCUGUUCCCCUUGACCCCACCCAGUGUGAGCGUGUGGUUGCGGGAGUGUGGGAGGGUGCGGGCAC